AUGAUAAACUCUUCAUAUGUUUCAUAUUUCACACUUGCUGCUUACUUUGACACUGAUGUGUUUAAAUAUUUAUAUUUCUUGCUCAUUUUUUCUUUGUAUGUUUUCAUAGUUUGUGCCAAUCUUUUGCUGAUUGUGGUUAUCUGUAUGAACAGAAGCUUACAUGAACCUAUGUACAUUUUUCUGUGCAGCCUGUUUGUAAAUGAACUGUAUGGUAGUACAGGGUUGUUUCCAUUCCUUCUGGUUCAGAUCCUCUCUGACAUUCACACUGUUUCUGCUCCCUUCUGUUUCCUGCAGAUUUUCUGUGUGUAUACUUAUGGUGGUGUAGAGUAUACUAACUUAGCCGUCAUGUCUUAUGACAGAUAUCUUGCUAUCUGUUAUCCUCUGCAAUAUCACGUACAUAUGACAUCUAAUAAGGUAGUUUUGCUUAUUGCUGUAACAUGGUCUGUUCCUUUUUUUGCUGUUUUUGUCACAACAUUAUUGAGUGCCUCCUUACAGCUGUGUGGGAACAUCAUUAAUAGUGUUUACUGUGACAACUAUUCCAUUAUAAAGUUGGCUUGCUAUGACACAAGAGUAAAUAAUGUCUAUGAACUUGUUGCUGCUUAUCUAAUAUUCUGUGUUCCUGUAUCUAUAAUAUUUUACACUUACAUUAAGAUCCUUAAAGUGUGUUUUUCUGGUUCUAAACAGACCAGACAGAAAGCUGUCAGUACCUGCACACCUCACCUCGCUUCUCUGCUCAACUUUUUCUUUGGUUCUUUCUUUGAAAUAUUACAGAGCAGGUUUGAUAUGAGCAGCGUACCCAACGUGUUACAAACAUUGUUGCCAUUGUAUUUUCUGACAUGCCAACCGAUCUUUAACCCUGUAAUGUACGGCCUCAACAUGUCCAAAAUACGCAUCAUGUGUCAAAGUCUGCUUUCAAAUUCUGUGUUGAGGGGAUGCUCACCCCCACACCAACACACUCCCAGUGAGGCUAAAGCAGUCAACCUAGAGGAAACACUGAACCAGGUCCAGUUGCAAACCUUCCUUGGAUAA